AACACAAAUUUCACUCCGACAUCUGUGAAUAGACAGUAAAGAACCGGUAAAGAUACUCGUUCGUUUCAUUUGACAGAUCAUCCACGGAGCAAAUUUCUUCUUCAUGCAUGGACUUGGACUGAAACAAACUGAUAGGGUUUGUUGCAUCAGCGUCAAUUAAACCGGCUGAAAACUCAGCUUAGUAUAGAGUUUGGAAUAGAGCGGAACUCCUUUUAGCUUCCAAAUAGUCCUACGCGCCAACACGCGUCUCUGCAGCGAUGCCACUGCAUCUCCAGGAUACACGAAUCGGAUUUCUUGCUGUUAAUCUUUUAGUAGUGGUAUGCUGUUGCAAUGCGGUAACAAUUCAGAAACCUGCACCAUUUUGUCUCCUCAUUAAAUCAGAACGCGGGAGCUCUCAGGUUAGUUUUCUCAUCCACUCACCGGACACUUCAGCAUCUCCUCUCUUUUACUGGAGCAAGUGGACAUCAGAGAAACGUCUCGAAGGUUGUUUCAUGAGUAGCGACGGGUCUUUGGUUAAGCGUUAUUGGUCACUCUGCAGUCAAGAGCGCGCUCGGGACAAUGAGAAACCAAUGCACUUCGACUUAAGCGCGCUACUGGAAGAUGCCAGUCUGUGUGAAAUGGACAUGCGUAUCAAUUUCACUUUGCACAAAGAACGCAGAAAUCAAGGCCAGCAGAUGGAUUCAAGAGCAAAAAGUCGCCAUAAACGCGCAUGGGUUUUACCAGGAACGCUUUGGUGCGGACAAGGCACCAGCGCCAAUGACUAUGAACAGUUGGGUAUGUUUGUGCAUGCAGACAGAUGCUGUCGAGAACACGAUCACUGUGAGCACAUCAUUCGCUCGUUCUCCGUGAACUUCGGUGUGUUCAACCCCACUCUGUUCACCCUCUCGCACUGUGACUGUGACCACAGAUUUAAACAAUGCCUUCUCAAUGGAAAUGACACCAUCUCCAACAUGGUGGGCUACAGUUUUUUCAACGUCCUGAAGCUCCGCUGCUUUGAGCUGAUCCAAAGGAGGCAAUGCACGCAGUACAACUGGUUUGGAUUGUGCACAAUGGUUGAGAUUGCACCUGUGGCAGCAUUGAAAGAUUCAACACCAUACAAUUCUACCAGUCUGACUAAUGAGAACAGCGGCACCAUUGACCUUUCAUGCAAUGAAGUGCCAAUCAAACUGUCACACAGCGCCAAACAAAGAACCUCUAAAUCGAAACGAAUUCAAUUGAAAAAGGGCCGAAAAACCUGCGCUCCAGUGGACUAUGCAAAAGGGGAAACAUUUCAGCUAAGUCAAAAGUUGGUGAGCCAAAUUGAAAAAAGGAAGAAAUUACAUACAAAUGGACAUCAAAAAGGAAGAAAGGAGUCACUUGUUUCCCAAAGGAAGGCAUCCAAAGAGAAGAAAAUGAUUACUCAGAAGUUCAAAAUGGAAACUAUUCUUCAAAGCACCCACAGGACUCCAAAAGCAAGUGUCACUCACUCCCCUUCAACCUUAUCUAAAACGAAAUUACUCUCAGUGCAAAAGAGGGUGGCCACUCAGUCCAAACAAAUGUCCGUAACUAAAUCAGGAGCAAGGACACUUCAAAAUAAGAGAAAAAGAGGUAAAAAGAAAAAGGCCCAAAAGGAAAAACUAAUUAAAUCCCCAAAACAAUGAGGAGUGAACAGACAAUUCUUUAAAGCAUGAAAUUUUUUUUUUUUUUUUUCAAAUAUGCAUAGUCACAAUUAUCAAGCGAGAUCCUUGCUCUUUUAUACGCACAGAUUGUAGUGACUUUUGCAAUGUUGUUUAAGCAGGUGCCAAUUAAUACAGUUAUAAAAAUGAUAAAAAGCAUCGAUACUUCAUUUGUUUUUAAAUGUAUAGUUACCAGCAACCUCAGUAUAUGCACAU